GGAAGUAUGGGUUCAUCAUCUAUGUAAGGUCAAUCUAUCUUCUUUGGAGAACUUGCGGGCGUGUAGUACACCUGUAAAAACCGAACCGCCGACCUUUCGUCCCUAGACGUAGGCCAAAUGACACCAGUCAAAUCUUACUCCACGAUGACGAGGUGUCCUUUCGGGCACUAGCAAGCUCCCCUUACUUACUAUUUUUUUUAUACCAAAAUUGGAUUCAUAGAUGCAGAUGGAUGUCACCACCAUAAACGCCAAAUUCUACUUUUCUUCUUUGGCAGAUUCCAAUUUUCUGAAUAUCUACACGUCCCCAAAAAUUUAGGGUUCACAAUCAAAGUUUUGCUUUCAUCAUCAAUCCGGAUUAAAAAAACAUGCGGUUCUAUUUAUCCGGAUGUUCUAACUGGCACCUCGGUUUCAGUAGAUUGAAUUCAGCGAAAUCUAGAAUAAAAUCCUACUUCCAGUUAGGAUCUGAUCAUGGCAAGCUUCUUACCACAAAUCAUAUGGAAAGUUCUUGGACAAGAACGUAUGCAACUAUGCCUGAAAAGAUCCCAGAAGAUGAUCCAAUUUCAAAUAUGUUGGUUGAUUCAUUUGGAAGACAUCACACUUAUUUAAGAAUCUCCUUAACAGAACGCUGCAACCUACGUUGCCAAUAUUGUAUGCCAGCUGAAGGCGUGGAGCUGACACCUGGAUCCAAGGUUAUGUCACAGAAUGAGAUUGUACGUUUAGCAAGUUUAUUUGUACAUUCUGGAGUCAACAAAAUCCGGUUGACUGGUGGGGAGCCCAGCAUUCGAAAGGACAUUGAAGAAAUCUGCUCACAGCUUUCUAACUUAAGAGGUCUAAAAACUCUUGCCAUGACUACAAAUGGGCUCACUUUAGCAAGAAAGCUUCCAAAGCUAAAAGAAUGUGGCCUUAAUCUGCUUAAUAUCAGCUUAGACACACUGGUUCCAGCAAAAUUUGAAUUCAUGACAAGGCGAAAAGGGCAUGAAAGGGUAAUGGAGUCAAUUUACACAGCAGUAGACCUAGGCUACAACCCUGUUAAGGUGAACUGUGUUGUGAUGAGGGGAUUCAAUGAUGAUGAGAUUUGUGAUUUUGUAGAGUUAACAAAGGAGAAACCGAUUAAUGUACGUUUUAUUGAGUUCAUGCCAUUUGAUGGUAAUGUUUGGAAUGUCAAGAAACUUGUAUCCUAUGCUGAGAUGCUGGACAUAGUGGGUAAACGAUAUACAGGGAUUAAAAGAAUUCAAGAUCACCCAACAGAAACUGCAAAGAAUUUUACAGUAGAAGGGCAUCAAGGCACAGUUUCCUUCAUCACUUCAAUGACUGAUCACUUCUGUUCAGGUUGCAAUAGGUUGAGACUUUUAGCUGAUGGAAACCUAAAAGUAUGCCUAUUUGGCCCUUCAGAGGUUAGCUUAAGAGAUCCUAUCCGGGAAGGUGCUGAUGAUAAUGAGCUGAGACAAAUUAUUGGGGCUGCUGUGAAGAGAAAGAAAGGGUCUCAUGCUGGAAUGUUUGACAUUGCAAAAACACCAAAUAGACCAAUGAUACAUAUUGGUGGUUAACUUCCAUUUUUACAUUUCAGUUCUAAAUUAUGGUUUCAAAGAUUGAAGUGCUUUUAUAAACAUCUUCACAUACUAAAUCAAACACACACGGAUCAUAAGCACAUGAAGUGUACAAGAUAGUAAUGAAACCAUCUGUAGCCAUGCAGUUGUUCCUUGUGUUCGUGAUAUUUCGUGUUUAUAUUGAUAUUGGUAACCAAUAUGUGUUUUUACCACUUUGAGAAUGACUUUAUUUUGUUAUUUUAUAAAGUAUAUAAGACCUUAACUUGGAUCUUUAUUAAGUUUUUAAGCCCCAA